AUUUUGUAGCAUCGUCGUUAAUUGUAAACUCCUUUGUUCACCGGUGCAAAGAAAUAAACACUUCACACUCUUUCUUCUCUAUUCUUCUUCAUCUACUUCUUCUUCUUCUUCUUCUUCUUCUUCUUCUUAUUCUCUAGGGUUUUAGGGUUUCACUCUGUUCGCCAAACUGGAUAGGCACAGAGGAAACCGCUACGGCGACAACAACGACGAUGAUUACCCUUACAACAACAAUCGUCCUUCCAGGGCGUCUCGUUUCUCCGAUUCUCCGAUGAACUACAACCACCGUCGAAGUCCUGGUGGUUUCCGCCCCGCCCCUCUCCACCGUAGCAACUUUGAUAGUCCCCCACGGUGGUCUCCGGGUAGGGUUGGAGGUGGUCUCCGUCCUCCACCUGCCGGAGAUGGCUUCAGACCGGUGGGCGGUGAUGAAUUUGGAUUCAACCUGCCACCACCGCCGUUGUCUGGUCAGAAACGUGGGUUUCCGUUCUCUGGUCGUGGUGCUUCACCGGAUCAUUCUGAUGGUGGAAAUUUUGCCAAACUUUUUGUUGGGUCUGUUCCCCGAACAGCAACUGAGGAAGAUAUCCGUCCUUUGUUUGAGGAACACGGGAAUGUGGUUGAGGUCGCCCUGAUCAAAGAUAGAAAAACAGGACAGCAUCAAGGUUGUUGUUUUAUAAAAUAUGCUACCUCAGAGGAAGCUGAUCAGGCAAUUAGAGCAUUGCACAAUCGACAUACUCUUCCCGGAGGUGUUGGUCCCAUCCAAGUGCGGUAUGCUGAUGGCGAACGAGAACGCCUUGGUGCAGUUGAGUACAAACUAUUCGUGGGCUCUCUGAACAAACAGGCCAGUGUAAAGGAAGUCGAGGAAGUUUUCUCAAAAUAUGGACGGAUUGAAGAUGUUUAUCUUAUGCGUGAUGACCAGAAGCAGAGUCGUGGAUGCGGUUUUGUCAAAUACUCUCAUAGAGAUAUGGCACUGGCAGCUAUUAAUGCACUUAAUGGAAUAUAUACAAUGAGAGGUUGUGAACAACCACUGAUUGUCCGGUUCGCUGAUCCUAAGAGACCUCGUCAAGGAGAUUCCAGGGGUCCUGCAUUUGGAUCUGCAGGAUUUGGUCCAAGAUUGGAUUCACCAGGCACUAGACUUCCAUCAAAUAAUUCUGAUCCUAUGGGUGAUCAUAUUCCUCCCCCUAAUGCUUGGCGUCCAAUCCCUCAACCAAAUACUGGGACAUCCUUCAAUGCUGGUUUUCAUGGCAUGGGGCCUCCAUUGAUUCCAAGAUCCGGGGACAUGGCAUUGCCUAUAAAUGCAGGUGGUCCUAUGACUGGCAUGGGAGUCUCCAUAGAUGGUCGUUUUCAAACUCAGUCUCCGUCAGCAAUGCCGCAACAGAAUUUCAACCAGCCUCAACCACAAAUUCCACCGGUCAAUCAACAAAUACCUCCAUCACAGAAACCUAUUCAAUCAUCUCAGGAGUUUCCACCUUCACACCAGUUAUAUCCUCAAGCUCCGAUUCCCUAUCCACAAACAUCCACACGUCCAUCUUUCAGGCAGCAUGGUCAGCCACAACCUCUCCCUGCUGGUCCACAGGGACUGGGCAUAAAUGCACAGUUUUCAGUUUCUCAGCCUCAAAGUCAGCAGGGUGUUUUGUCUGCUACAUUUCCUCAGACCUCUCUUGAUACCAGCAUGCAAUCUAAUACCGCAUUGACUACUCCAAGUCAACAGCAAAUUCCUCCUUCUAUGCAGCAGCAGCAACAUCCACUUCAACCUCUUCCACAAUCCCCUUCUCAGUUAGCUCAAUUGUUGUCACAACAAACACAGACGUUACAAGCAAGCUUUCAUUCAUCUCAGCAGGCCUUCUCCCAGCUUCAACAACAAUUACAGAUGAUGCAACCAUCCAGUCAAGCAUCGCCAUUGCAGCAUCAUGCAGAAGCUACUAAAACACAGUCUCAAUGGGGUGGGACUGUAUCGCAAGCAGCGACCGGCACUCAUGUAGCUGCACCUGCUGCAGGUGUUCCUUCAUCAACACCUGCUACUUCUUCUGUACAACCAAUAAGCCAGAACACAACUCUUGGAAAUUGUAAUUGGACAGAGCAUCUAUCUCCCGAGGGCUUCAAAUACUACUAUAAUAGUGUAACUGGGGAAAGUCGGUGGGAGAAACCCGAAGAGUUGACAUCAUCUGAACAGCAAAAACAACUGCUCAAUCAGUCUGUUCAGCAGUCUCAAAUUCAGGGACAGCCUUCAAUACCACCCACCCAGCAAGUUGCACAAAACCAACAGGUUCAGCCUCAAAGUCAUUUUCGAGGACAAGUUCACCAUCAACAAAUACAGCAGCCUUCGUCGUUCCAGGCAUAUGGAGUUACAGGUCAUCAAAAUGUUCAGGAACUUGGCUAUAAACAGUCACAGACAUCAUUUGUUUCUGCCGGUGAUCCUGGACGUUAUUCACAGGGUAUCAAUAAUACACAAGAGCUGAUGUGGAAAAACAGGCCUACAGGAGUCUGAACUUCGUUGAGUUUAAGGCGAGGCGGCACAUACAGAUGUUGCAGCUUUCAAACGGCUUUGUAAUCCAUAUAUUUGCAUUCAUGAGUUACUUCGGUCCUAAUUGUUGAGAUUUCACUAUCACUGUCUGGCUCAGCACUAAGGGCUGUGAGGGGUCAAUACACUUCGCAAGGAAACGAUCUACCCAGAUCGUCAUGUAACAUAGGCUUCGCUUUAUUUAUAAAUUUUAAUAAAACUUCACCAUUAAUUUAGACAAUCAAUAUAGUUUCAUGUGGUUUUGGUAUUUUA